UGUCGAUUUCGAACAUGACGUUUAACUAAUCGGUGAAGACGCGACAGUAAACGUUCCAUUGCUCGAAUCGAAUGACAAGCUUGGGUUUCGAGUGCCGAUGUCUGAUAGCUCAUUGUCGCUUUUACGAUCUUCUUUACAUACAAGAUGGGGACUAGUCGACUGCUCCUGCUCGCGAUCGCCGCGAUUGUCUCGUCGGGCAACUACGUGCAAUUCAACAAUGAAAUCGGCCUGCACCUCCAAGCCCAGCAAGCUGAAACUCCGUGGCGAGCCAUGUACACCCAAGCAUCGUCUGAAGUGGUCACGAUGGACCUCGAUGGUCGAGGUGGCUUCAGCUUCCUUGACAGUUCGGCGACAGCUGCCGUCAACGCCAUCGUCGCUCCCCGAUGCAACCAAUUCCCGGUCGUCGAAGGCCCCUGCUCGAUUCACGUCCUGUUUGCCGUGUCCAAGUGUUUAGACACGUCUACGAUUCUUGUCUUUUCCCAGUGGAUGCAAAAGCUGGCCGCUGCCGAACGCAAGUUCCUCACAGGGGGUCGAGCAUGCAAUGUGACAUUCUCCACCGUCCUCCUCGCUGCCUGCACCGAAGCCCCUCGCACCGCCACCAGUUCCUCCUCGUUAUCCACCACCGAACUCGCGAGCUAUUUUACGCCAUUUGGCAACGUGUACUGCUCCAUGGCCGAGCUUGGCCUGAACACGACAGUGCCCCCCGCCGCGGUGGUGAGCUUGUUCAGUGACAAAAUAUCACACGAUGUUGUCGUGGCCUACGAAGAAGAGCGUUCCGUGCACACCGUGUUCAACUUUUACGUAUGUCCCGUGGGCGCGGUCGCGACCAAAUGCCAAGCGGCGCACAAGUCGUUUGCGGACGACUCGACAUUCCUCGCGCAGGACGCCGACCUGUUUGUGCACAGCCCGUUCAAAGCCGUGCAGAGUUUUCACUGCGCCAACGCAUUACCCAAAGGUCUCCCCGUCGUGUACGUGGACCCUGCGGGGGCCCGCCAGUGCUUUUGCAAAUGCCCCAGUGGGUAUGAAGAGUCCACGGUCAACGAGAAGCGGGUGUGUGUACCAGCGCCCAAGGAAACCUGCGCCUGCUAUUGGAGCGGCCGCAAAUACGCAUUUGACAUCACGACGGCUAGCGAUGGCCGCAGUGCUGCCAACACCUGCCGCAUUUCCAACCUGUACCCGCAAACGAUCAACCGAAUUCCAUACCCCCGGAGCAAUUACGUGGCACAAGCUCGUACGAACGACGGCGACACCAAUGCGGUCAACGUCACGGACGGCUCACCUUUGAUUCAAGUGUCCGUGACCCAAGUGAGUGGCGGGUCGAACGAACUCAGUUACCCCGUGGAAACCACCAAGCGCUUUGCAUGGAGUUACUUUGUACAACAUCGGGAAGCGAUUGCAAACGACAUUUCCCUUACUGGCCCGGGGAUCUACGCCAUCAAAAUGACCGCCAAGGGAUACCGCAGCGCCGCCGACUGCGAGGUGUGUGUGGCUGUGGUGGACAAGUUCCGACCCGUCAGCUCUAGCCAAUGCCCCAAACCAUUCUGCGACCAAGACUCGUGCCUCGACUCCACGGCGGUGCUGAAAUCGCAACCGGUCGCAGAGUACACACCCAAGAACAUUGCGGCCGCGCAAGCGUUGAUCGACGCACAUGUGGCCUACGCUGCCGACAAGAACGUCGUCAACGACGUGUGCGGCGGCAGCAGUGGCGGGCGGUGCGACGACAAGCGCUUCACGCGCCGAAACAUGUUUGAUGCCGCGUACGCGGAAGUCGCUAGUUUUGACAGCGGCCGGACUUGCUUUACCGACAAAGUCAAGCCUGAUAUUGUGGCCAAGCUCCAAGAGUCCCCCUUUGGGGGCGAUUUGGGCCUGCUCAACGUCGCGGUACCAGUGCCGGCGGGGCAGUGUACCCGGUGCUGCAAAUUCGAAACCAAGUUGAAAGAGUUUUGGCACAACUACCAGUGCGGCAACUCGACGCCCCCCGCCAAAGUUUGUGGCGGCAGCGAUCCCGGAUGUGUCACGGAACAAUGCCUGGUUGGUCGUGGCUCGACGUUCUUUACGGCGUCGGCGACCGUAAAGGCCGAAUACGAAGUCACCACGAAGGAGCUGAUUGCAAACGUGUUCCCGACCAAGGGGUACCAAAGCGAGACGGAAAUACACUUGCAACUGGAAUGUUCAGCGUUUGGUCGGUCCGACCAAGGCAAAUGCGGCCACAUCGCGCCACUGCACGACCUCUUUGCCGUCUCGAGCAACUUGAACGACCGGUCAAUCCUCGUGGACGAAAAGCAGUACGUAUAUUGGCGGUUUCGAGUGGACGGCGGCGACUGGCGCAGCUUUGACGACAAGGUCGCGGUCCGGUUUUACGGCGAGCAUGCCGUGGUGGCGCUGGAAGCGUGGUCGCAAUGCGGCAUCGUGAAGACGUUUGUGUUCCACGUGUACCAGCACCUGAACCAACCGAUCAGUGUGAACGACGACUUUGACGGAAUGUGGUACCAGUCGUCGAGCAGUUUGGACUCGACGACUGGGGGCGGCCUGUGCAACUAUGCGCAAAGUGACUUUGCUGAGCUCACGUUUGACUUUCAGCCGCUCGCCGGACUGGUCGUCAACCAAACGCAAACACUGCCGUGGGUGUCGACGGGGGUCGCAUGCGACGUGCAGUACGCGGACACCCGCCUGCCAGUGCCCCUGUUUGCAUCCACCGCACGCAACGCGACGGUUCUCCGCCGCUUUAGCUUUCAAAUGCAGUCGUUACCGACCACCCGCGCCGACACGACGUUUUCGGUCCUGUGCAAGUUUUCGUACGCCAGCACCUACACCAACCGCACGGUGACCCUCCCCGCGACCAAGACAUUCACCAUCAAGAACUGCGACAAGCCCGACUGGGACUGCCCCUUCGGCGAGUGCUCCGAUAAGUGUGCUGCGGCGGGCGCCCCCGCGCCAUUCAGCAUCUGCGGGGGUCGCUCGGUGUCCACAUCUGCAUCCUCCGAGACAGUCGUGACGUUCCAAAGGAAGGCGUGCUGCGCCACGUGCGGACCCGCCGAGUGCCAGAGUGUGUUUGGCCGAUCCGUGGUGCUUCGUGACGAAGAAGAUGUGUUGCAGUGCGUGGUGUCGGAAGGCGCCAAAUCCAACUACACCACAGAGCUGCUCGAGUUGCAAGCGCAUGAAGACAUGACCACGUCCGUGUCAACUGCAGUCGUCGCCUGUGUGUUUCUUGUGCUGGGUGUGCUCCUUGUCGUAUGGGGGCGGCGACAAGUGAACACCCACUGCGAUGACGGGUCAGAUAUGGAGGGGGAUUUGUUCGUGGACUACACCAUGAACGGGGGGUACUACCCGUUGUUGGACCGCCAAUAAGGGUGGCUAUGACAGUCUCUGUAGUUUUGGUUUUGUAAUAAAUACAUAUGUCGUGUUCAUGACACAAUACAACAAUUUUUUCCCGCA